AUGACUACGAAUGAGUUUGUAAACGAUUUGAAAAGUUUAUCGUUGACUCAAUCCGAAAAUGAUUAUAUUCAAACGAUGGAACGUUUACUUAUUCAUCUGAAAGAUGCAACACCAAAUGGAUUAUUGGAAGACAAGCCAUUUGGUCUCUCACUCAUCGAUAAUCUAUAUCGAGUCAUUCCUGUUUUCGACAAGAAAUUGUCCAGUCAAAAUGCCGAAUCACAUGUGACAAAUGCGUUCUUGGAAACCUUGUACAAUGCCUGUCGUGUAACUUGCAUCACGGAUUUGUUUUUGGCACUGAAAAAUUCCUCACAUUUGGAAGUGAUUUUUCAAAACUACGUUUCUCUUCUCAAAGAAGAGUAUUUCUCUGCUGAUAAACAAUACGAUUAUCUUGCCAGUUGUCUAAUAAACAUCAUGGUCAUAUCCAGUGUCUUUAUUUACAUACCCGAAGACCAGUUGCCUUCGGAUUACAUAUCGCAUUCAUUGGCAUUUACGAAAAAAUAUUGGCAAAUUCCAGAGAGAGAGCAACUUAUCAACCAGAUACUCAUGUCGAUGAAAAUCUUUUGUAAAAAACCAAAAUUAGUACCAACCAUCGUUUAUCAUGAAUGGCCUCAAGCAUGCGUUCAAUGGUUAACAUUUCCUGGUCGAAGACCCUCGUACAAUAUAGAUAUUCAUAUUUGUUACAUUGUGCAAAAACUGGCUCGAUGUACGAUCGGUGUCAAUGUUUUGAAUCAAUUGAAUUGCAUAAAAGCACUUGGUGAUAGCAAAGACCGGAUGAAGAAAGAUCACAGUGCAGAUGAAUAUUCAACUAUUGAUUUCAUUCAAUCGAUUAUAUAUGCGCUACUUGUCGAAGCUGACGAAAUCAAAGAAAAUUACCUUCUGGCUGAUGAACUAAUGUGCCAUAUUCUCGAACAAUUAGUCUCAUUGAUAUUCAAUGCAAUCAAGUCCGAUUUGUUGACUCAUCGAGGUUUUCAUAUAACCGAAGCGCUCGUUGUUCUCAGCAAAUUAUUUGUGAACGAUGAUAUCCUGAAGAAAUGUCUGAAAGACAGUAAUGAACUAUUCGAUUGUCUAUCUCAAUUUUUAAUUCGAUUCGCAAUGCCUAUAUCCGAGUCAACAAUGAGCUUCCAAUGGAUGAGAGAUGAAAUUUUAACCACAUUAACGAAUCUCUUCUGGAGUAUUUCCUUUCAUCAAUUUUCACAUGAGAAAUUCCAAUCGAAUUCGAAUCUAAUGGAUGUAUUGUCGAAUUUCGCAAAUUCAUCAUCGUUGUACGUCACUACGCGAGAACCUUCGUUUCCCUUGGAUUUGUGUUCAUUGAAAAAAGCAGCCGAGGGAAUUUUAUGGAAUUUGAAGUUCUUACAUUUACCUUCGUCAACAGACAAAUCAUGUCAAGAACAACAAGAAUCAUCGAUUAUGAUCAGUUAUUCACAUAGUGACUCAAAGUUUUGUCAUGAACUUGUCGAACAUUUAUCACAGCAUGUGUCCAUUUGGGUGGAUUAUAAACAAAUACACUCGCAUGCUAUUCAUUCAGAUGAUUUGUGGGAAGAUAUUGCCGGUGCCAUGGAAAAAGCCAUCAUGAUCGUUUUGAUUGUGUCGAAAGAUUAUUAUGAAUCGAAAUCCUGUCGACAAGAACUUUCAUAUGCAAGUGAUACGUUAAAAAAGCGUCUUUUACCGAUCUAUGCUCCUAAUCAACAGUACCGAGCGAAUGGUUGGCUGGGCAUUCGAAUUGCUGGACAGAAAUAUGUCCAUUUCGGGCGAAAACCAUUCGUCGAUGCUGCGAACGAUCUACUGUCGAUCGUGCAUUCCGACAAGAAGUUAGUUUUACCUGUAAAACCAAUACAAAAAACAGUUGAACAACAGGAAAAUUCCUUUCAAAAUUGGACAUCGAAGGAUAUACAGAAAUGGUUCGAUGAUAAUCGUAUUCAUCGUGAUUUGUUCACACUUAUCGGUGAACAAUUCUCGACCGGAACAGCCUUGCUUAUCUACGCUCGACAUUUGAAACAAUUCUAUCGUCAAGAAUAUGUUCAAAUCGCGUCGAAUUAUUCCAGCAAAUUUGACGGCAAACAUCUCCAAACAGUUGAUUUCAUCAUAUUUGUUGAUGCAUUAUGGCGUUUAUAUGAAGAACAGAAAUCUUCUAUGAUAAAUUAUGAAUCCACAAAGAGUAGAGAAAAGGAAAAGUCAAUAUAA